AUGCGAAGGUUAGGGAGCGGGCAAAUCCUAGUCGAGAGGCAGCGCCUCACCAUGUCACGCAAUUCUAGGACAACAAGACCAUGA